CGAUCGAGAACCUUCCGCCACACUUGGGACGAGACUGUGGAUCACCGAGCAGCAAUUAUUCCCCGUCCGCAUUGCCUGACCGACAAUUCCCACCUCCUUCCGGAAUUGUUGUAUACCACAUUCCUCGAAAUUCUCCUACUCCGGCAGCAUGUCAGGUACCAUGUACGAUGAGCACGUUUAUGCACCCUCACGGCGUCAUUCAGUUGCUACCCCCCCUCCGUCUAUGACACCGCGACAUAGUCGGACACGCAGUCAAAGUGUUAGAGUCAGCAACGGCACAGCGAGCACAAAUACAAGUGUGUCGAGUGGGAGAAUGUCGGAGGCCACAAACAUCACCCAUCCUCCCGCUUAUUCCAAAAAGUUCGUGGUGGUGGGCGACGGUGGAUGUGGAAAGACUUGCCUUUUAAUCAGUUAUUCCCAAGGUUAUUUCCCCGAGAAAUAUGUUCCUACGGUAUUCGAGAACUACAUCACGCAAACCACACACCGAGCCUCGGGUAAAACGGUCGAGCUAGCUCUCUGGGAUACUGCUGGUCAGGAAGAAUACGACCGGCUGCGUCCACUUUCAUAUCCGGAAACGGACCUCCUGUUUGUUUGCUUUGCUAUAGACUGUCCUGCGUCCUUGGAGAACGUUAUGGACAAGUGGUACCCCGAAGUUUUGCACUUUUGUCCGACCACCCCACUUAUCCUGGUCGGCUUGAAAUCAGAUCUGCGCAACAAGAGAACGUGUAUUGAGCUUCUAAAGACUCAGGGCCUUACGCCCGUGACACCCGAGCAAGGUGAAGCGGUUGCGCGCAGGAUGAACGCAUCCUACGUUGAGUGCAGCAGCAAAGAAAUGCGCGGUGUCGACGGGGUGUUCGCUCUCGCAGUCGAUACCGUUGUCUCUGCCGAGGAGCAAGACUGGAAUGACCGCCAGACAACUAGUACACCCGGCAGCAAACCUCGAACCACUGGUGGUGGUGGCGGCGGCGGAAAGAAGGUCAAAAAGCGUACCUGCAAGAUUUUGUAGACUCUGGUCCCACCGUUGAUGUUUGUCUGGUCAUGAUCAUCUGCCCCUUUUGGUUCCCCCUAUAUUUUCCUUGAGAUGUCUGCUUUUUCUCCCUAUCCCUGUUAUACCGAGUGAAAAGCCUGGUUG